UUUCUACCCGUCAAUAAAUGGGUGUGUGGUAUUGUUCCGAGUUAGGAUAUAAACAAAAGUAUUGUAAACUUUCAUUAUUUUUCAAGAUUUCAUUUUUUGCAUUUGAUAUCUAAAGGAAGUUGAAUUAAACAAUGUCUAGAAAUGAAAUGGCUUUUGAUAAAUUUAUUUCAAAAUGUUGUGGUGAAAUAAGCAAAAAUAUUGGAAGUGAUUGGUUGCAAUGGGGAAGACACCUAGGUCUAAGUGAUCCAGAUCUUGAUAACAUCGACUCUGAUAAUAAAAAAUGUUAUGAGAAAGCUGAUAAUGUUUUAAAAAAAUGGAAGCAAAGAAAUGGAAAUCCUUCGUUGGAGCAAUUAGAAAAAGAGUUAACAGCUUUUGGUCGUUUAGAUAUUGUGAAUGAAAUUAAAAGAAAAUUUGGAGAGAUUUCAAGUUCACCAAACAAAGAAUCUGAUAUUUCUUCUAAUAAAGAAUUGUCGAGGUUGUCUGCUGAACUAAAAAAAUUUUAUCUUGAAUAUUAUGGGAAAAUUGAUGAACUUGAACCUCUGUUAAAAGCAUCAGCAAAUGUUGAUCUAAUACAUAAAUUUGUUGAUCUAUGUAUUGUUAAUUCCGUGACUGCUCAAAAAGAUGCUGUUUUUAGUGUUGAACGUACAAAAUUUCUUGAAAAGCAAAUGAGUUAUACACCGAUUCCAUACAGUGAAAUAUUUACAAAAGAAAAAUCAGUAAUAUUAAUAUCUGGAAUAGCUGGUAUUGGGAAAACAUGGCUGCUUAGAAAAUGUUUGCUUGAUUGGUCAAAUGGUGUAAUUUGGAAAAAUGUUGAACUUGUAUUUUAUUUGGAAUGCAGGAGGCUUAAUCAAUAUCCAAAUAUUCUUAAUAUUAAUGAAUUACUAAAUGUUUUUUAUGAAGAUAUUGUUAAUGACUUUAAAUUUUGUAGUCAUGCUACACUGUUUAUAAUUGAUGGAUUAGAUGAGUUUAAAUAUUUCAAUGAGUUAUUAAAUCCAAGUUUGACUUGCAACUAUCCAAUUGUUAAUACUUUAGCAGAAAUACAAAAAUACAAACACAUAAUAGCUGGUAGAGUUUAUGCAAUUGAUCAAUACCAAAGUAUAUCUACUGAGCAAAACAAUAAGCUAACCAUUCAAAUAAUGGGAUUUAAUGAAAAUGGAAUAAAUAAUUAUAUAGAAAAUCAUGUUAUGGAAGAAAAAAAAGAAGUUGUAAAAACAACUUUGACGGAAUCUCCCAUUGCAAAAGCCAUGGCAUCUGUUCCAUUUUAUUUAUCUUCAAUGUGUAAAAUUAUUAGUGAUGUAGAGAAAAAAAAUAAAAGUUUCUUCUUAACAAUGACAGAUUUGUAUGCAAAUAUUUUUUUAUACUUUUUGCGCAAACACAUCAUCAAAAACAAUAAAUUGAUAUAUAAGAUAAUGGAAGACAAUACCAAUAAAAAAUAUAUUUUAAAUAUUUGUAAAAUUGCAUAUAAUUUGUUUCUUGAAAAUAAAAUAAUUUUUUCCAAAGAAGAAUUUCAAGAUUUUUUCAGUGAUCUUGAUAAAAAUGAAGGUGAUUUUUUUGGUUUUAUAGAAAGGAUUGAAACAGAUUUGGGUUGCUCCUAUCAGUUUGCACAUUUGACAAUAAUGGAGUUUUGUGCAUCUGUAUAUGCAUAUAAUUGUUUAAAUAGUGAUGAAAUUACUGCCAAUAAAAAACUGAAAAGUUGUUUAUCAAUGAUUUGUGGAUUAACCAAUAAAAACCAAAACAGUUUAAUAAAGUUUCUUGUUAACUUGAAUCCUUCGAAAAAAUCCAAUGAAGAACCAUCACUUUUGUGUUCUAUUUUGGAUCGUCUAAGUGAAAGUGAUAUAGAUAGUGAAAAGUAUUUAGACCAUUUUUUAUUCAUUGAAUGUUUUUAUGAAAGUCAAUCAUCAUUUACUGAUGAAAUAAAAUCAAUUGUUGAUAAACGAGAGUUGGGUAAGAGUAUUUCGAUUUACGAUGGAAAAACUUCUUACUUAACUUCUUGCGAAAAUUAUUUCAUAAAUCAUUACUUAAAAUCUGGAAGAAGGUUAUGGUGGUUAAGUGUUACUAAAAAUAUUUUAAGUGACGAAGAAAAAAAACUUUUAAUUCAAUGUUCGACUAAUGUUUGCGUUGUCAUCUUUAAUCAUCCAAUUAAUUUCGAAGUCAACUUUCAACGUCCAAUUAAUAUUGAAGGAUGGAAACCGAAAAAUAAGAUUGAAAAGUUGCAGAUCUCACGUUAUUUAAUAACAAAAAAAGAUUUUAAAGAAAACUUUCUUCCGUGGAUUAAUCUUUGUGAAGUAUUAUUUCUUGAACUUCACGACGACAUUGAUUUUAUUAAAGAAAUUUAUGAAUGGAUUCGUUGUUCGAAUGUCAAGAAGUUUGAGAUAAGGUACCGUAGAAAAUAUUUUUAUAACCUCGAUGAUUUAAAAAACUUUACAACACAAUAAAUUAUUUAAUAUCUUUAAUAUAUUAAAUAAAAACAAUAAUUAUAAAUAACU